UCAGACAAAAGACAAAUAUUGGUUUUUUUCUUGCCCAUUGCUCAGCCCUUUUCUUUUCCUCUCUCCAACCCCAUUAAUGGAGGGAACUCUACUUUACAAACUUUCCCAACAGACAAAAUAAAGAUUGGAACUUGAAAGCGAGGACGAAUAGGGUCACCUGGCUAAUGCAAAUCUGCCAUAGUUUCUUGAAAUUUCUGGCGCCAUUUGUUCACCUAACAAUCUUUCAAACAUCUGGUCUUUUUUUUCUUUAAUUUCUGAAGAACAAGGAUUUGCAGAUUCGUUGAAGGGAAGCAUGGAAGUGGAGGACAGAGAGAGCACGGAUUCGGGUUCGUUGAGCGGUAACCCGGAGUCGGAGUCGCCAUCGUUGAGUGGAGGCGAUUAUGUUGGUCACGGUGGAGGGACGGGUGGUGGCGGCGUGGCCCCGGGAGUGCUGAACAUGGACAUAAGCAUGGAGAAGAGUGCGGCGGAUAUGUUCUCACCCGCCGUUGGGGCGGAUGGUGGAGCGGUUGGAGGCGGAGGAGUAGUUGGUGGGGUGGGGACUGAUGGUGGCGGCGUCGGGAUAUUGGGUGGUGGAGCGGUUGGGGGCCGUGGUGGUGGUGGUAAUGGUGAUUUAACGAUGGGGAAGAAGAAGAGAGGGAGGCCCAGAAAGUAUGACGCAGAUGGGAACUUAAACCCGGCGUAUAUAAAAUCACCGCCGGUGCUGCCGGCCGGCUUUACUCUGUCAACGCCGCCGUCUUAUGAAUAUUCGUCUGGCUCCAAAAAAGGGCGCGGUAGGCCUUCAGGUUCUGGUAAUUGGCAUAUUCUGGCUUCUUUAGGUGAAUUGUUCGCAAACACAGCGGGAGGGGAUUUUACGCCGCAUGUGGUCACUGUACAUACAGGAGAGGAUGUUGCAGGGAAGAUCCUUACAUUUGCUCAGAAGGGUCACCGAGGGAUUUGCGUUCUUUCUGCCAAUGGAUGUGUCUCCAACGUCACGUUACGCCAGCCCGGUUCGUCUGGGGGUCUGUUGACAUACGAGGGCCGUUUCGAGAUCUUAACUCUAACAGGAUCAUACACAAUUUCAGACAAUGGUGGGAUAAAAAGUCGUACUGGUGGACUAAGUGUUUCGUUGGCUAGCCCUGAUGGUCGUGUAAUAGGUGGUGGUGUAGCAGGUAUGCUCAUGGCAGCUAGCCCGAUCCAGAUUGUAGUUGGAAGCUUCGUACCGAAUGGUGGUCUUAAACCACAGAAAAGAAAGUAUCAAACUGAGCCCAGAAUAGCCCCCACCGUCCAGUUUGCACCAGCCACAGUCACGGCUGCGACACCAAUAUCCCAGGCCGCUCCCGAAAGCAACAACAUCUAUCCCAUCCCAACCUUGCAACUGCCGGUGCAAAGUCAGGGAGACGCGGAUAACAGCUUAAGCAACAAGGAUCUGCCAAACUCUGCAUCCACCGACACUGCUGAUUGGAACAGUUCUGGGCCAAGCUCGGAACAGAGACCGUCUCCCGACAUUAACAUCUCUGUACCUGUGGACGAGCAUUGAAGCUUCAGUCUUUUGUCUUUCUUCUGUAGUCACUGAUCAGAUAUAACCGAGGUUGAAUUGCUCUAAGUUAACUCUAGUAGGUGUCUAUCCAAGGGACUUGAACAGACUGACUUGGGUAGUCGUGACAGAUGAGAUGCUAAGAUUUAUGUCUGUUUACUUGUUGGUUUUCUAAGAUUUUCUUAACAUAUUAGACGCUUUAGAGACUAUCGAUGAGGUCGUUUAGAAUUCACGAGCUCUCACAUUUGCACGUUUUCUCAUUUAUCAACAUAUUCCUGGGAGAGCCUGUUUCUAAA